AGGGGUGGGGGGGCUUCCAGGGCUUGCCACGACCCGGCCCAACUGUGUGAUGACGCGGCGUUUUCUUUCUGCGGGCCCUCGGCCUUUGCCAGGCUAUAAAAGCGGCGGCGCCGUGUCAAACGUGAACGACGCCGGCGAGACCGCUCCGACGCCACACGCAGCGCCCCGCCCCGCUCGCCAUGUCUCAGACCGCCAAGUCCGCUUCCAGCCAAGGCGCCGACGCCAAGAACAAGGGAGGUGGACCCGCCGCCUCCAGCAAGGUCUCCAAAACCGCCGGGCCCAGCCAGGGAACCUUCAAAUUGACGCUGUUUGACCAGGAGAACUUCCAGGGCCGCUCGCUGGAGCUUCAGAGCGAGUGCUUGAACAUUUGCGAGCGAGGCCUGGAGCGAGUGCGCAGCAUCAUCGUGGACAGCGGCCCGUAAGAGCCGCACAUCUGCCGACGUUACCUUUCUCCGCUCA